ACAUAAUACAUAGAACAUCUGUCAAUGUGGCUAACUGGAUUGGUUGUUAUCAGGGACGGUCGGAGAGCUGAUAGCGAUGAUAGGAGUGAGCUGCUCGCAGUUAUCCUCGCAGCCUCUGCUCAGGUAGCAGCACCAUGGCACCCCCUACUAAGUACGGGUCUCCACUGAAAUAUGACCCAGACUUGUGUGGUCCACAGAAACACAGGUCAUGUACAGACAUUCUCUGCUUACUUCUCUUUCUUUUCUUCCUCGCUGCUUGGGCAGGAGUUGCUUCCUUUGCUUAUAGAAAUGGAGAUCCAAAACGGUUGAUAUUACCAGUUGACUCAUAUGGCCAUCGUUGUGGUGAACCUGACUUGAUCAAUCCAAACCUUUUCUUCUUUGAUCUCACUGCCUGCUUGAGACCUGAUGCUAUCUGGAGGGGUUGUUCUACACCUCAGGUUUGUGUUUCUAAAUGUCCGGAAGAUGUGUGGAUAGCAGAGACUUACUUGUCAGGAGUCUUACAAUUCAACAUAACCGAUGUCCAGAAUCAUCUCAUCUGCUACAAUGAAAUCAUUGUAAAAACUGUUGUUGACAAAAAUACACUUCAAGAUGUUGUUAACAAGAAAGCUUGUGCCAGUUGGUAUGUUCCAAGCCAGUCAUUUUACUUCAGAUGCAUUCCUAAUCUGAAAUUUAACUAUGAACAAUGGAUUAAUAAACUACAAAACAAAAAUUUGGCUUAAAUGUGCCGUUUUCAACUGAGAUGUUGAAUCAGUCUGCACGUACUAUGCAAGCACUCAAUGUAUUGAAUCAGGUUGCUCAAGAUGUGGUGCAUGAUCUGGAUGCUACAUGGCGCUAUUUAAUAAUAUUCUGUUUUGCUGCUUUGGUUGUCAGUUUUGUUUAUAUUAUUCUUCUUCGUUUCCUUGCUGGAAUAGUUGUCUGGAUCUCAAUUCUUGCCCUUAUUGCAUUAUUUUCCUCAGGUAAGACUUAAUUUGUAAGUACAUUUAAAUAAUUAGAACGUAAUGUUAAGAGAAGAAUGUAGAACAUGUUCAAAUUGCAGCCUUUACAAAAGCAAGAUGGAACACAUUGCACAGAAAAUAAAGAUUUUGAACUAGGAACCUAACUAAAAUGACUACAACAUUAAUUUAUUUUAAUUUUUAUUGUUUAA